AUGCAACAAGAAAUGAUUUCAAUUAAACCAGAAAGAUGUUUGUUUCAAUCAUUGGAAAAUAACAACAACAAAAGCAACAAAAACACAAUUCAAACAAAAUCACUUAUCAAUGAACAAUGUCAACAAACAUUCAACUUGGUAUGUCAAAAAAGUCUUGAAAAGUUUUGUCAAAAUUAUGAUUUUGAUUUGAAUCAAAUGAAACCUGUUGUUAAUCCAAUCAGAUGUAAUAACAAUGAAAGUGAUCAGGAAAGUCAACAUCGUCAUCGUCACAAACAUCAACACACAAGACAUAAACAAAUAUGGCAUUGGGAACAAUUGGACACUACAGUCAAUUAUAUACCCACAUUUUAUUUGAGUAACAGAUAUCAUUCAGAUAGUUAUCUACUUCAAUCACAUCAACAUGAAUAUUCUGUUCCACCAAAUACACCACACAAAUGCACUACAAAAUCAUCAAACUAUCAAUUCACAGAAAAUAAAUACAAUUCAUCUACUUCGUCCAUAUUACAGAGGUCACACGCAUCUCAUCACAUUUCAUCUCUAGUACCAAUUACCCAACCGGUUACAAAUUCAUUUCGUGUGUGUCGUACUCGAAGUAGGAAUUCAUCAAACUGCACAAUAGCAUCUAGUAGAACUUCCAAGUAUUUGCAUGCUCAACAUAUACGGAGUAAAAGUGAGGGGAAAGACAUUGACCACAUACACAACUCACAUCUCGAUGGACAUGCCAAAUGCAGUGUUUGCAAUGAUUCCACUUGCCGUUCCUCUGAAGUUCCAUACAAAUCAUCAAGUUAUUCGUCUUCCAAUAUUCCAUGUUCAAAGAGUGUGAAUUGUGUAGGGGAAUGGGAAAAUAUUUCAUAUUCUGAGAAACAAGUGUCUCCCAGUUCAUCAUCCACAUCGAACAGAUCUAGUUUGAAGCAAAUGAAACUGACUGAUAUCUUUCUAAUCUAUAAAACAUUGAGAUCAUCUUUAUUAUCCAAUCGAUUAGGAAUAUCUUUCAAGUAUUUCUACUCCUUUGAAUUGGAAACUACUUCAUAUAGAUUAUUGUUUCAUUCAAAUAAUAAAACUUUCUUCAGUACAUCUUAUGAAUCGAUAUUGGUUAAGUAAAAGAUGAAAAGCAGGAAACAUUAGACAGUUUAUUUAUUCAAGUGAAGAAUUCCUCAACCAUUUACUUUCACGAUUCAACUGGAUAUUCGAACACAAAAACUUCAGAUCUCACAAUGAGCGCUUAACCUUUAAAUCAUUGAGUAGGUAUCAACUAC